AGCGCCAUAACGCGGCACAUCUGGAUCAUUUUAUGAGAAAUGGCUCCCAAAACGGCCAAAAAGAUUUUAAAAGACAUCCUGGAGAACCUGUCAGAGGAGGACCUCGACAAGUUCCGGUCAGAACUGCUGAACCGGAGAGUUGUGAAGACGAGCCAGGUGCAGAAGAAAGGGUUCUUGGUGAUUACAGAUGUGAUGGUUCAAGCUUACACCGAGAAAAACGUCCUGAAGGAAGCGGAGGACAUCCUGAGAGAGAACAACUGCGAACAGGCGGCGGACGAGCUGGCUGAAGAAGCCAAGAAAGCAGGUCUAGGAACACCUGACCGUGACCCGGGUCCAGGUCCGGGUCCAGGUCCAGCUCCAGCUCCAGCUCCAGCUCCGGCUCCAGCUCCGGCUCCGGUUGGAGUUGUCUUUCCUCAACAGGCAGUUCAAGCUUCAAAUGCGUCUCUCAGUGAUGAGUUUGACUUGAGGUAAAAUCUGCACUAAAGGGACAUUCCAGGACAAAAUGAGGGAGCCGCACCGGGACCCGCUGAACGGACUGCAGGUCCAUCAAGAUGUUCCUGAAGAACCAGCAGCUCCUCACUGACAUGCUGACCAGAAGUUCACUUUCAAUCUGGAAACAAUUACAUGAAGACGAACUGUUGAACUUUAAUAAAUGACUGUUUUACUCUAAAUGGCUGAAUGUAUAUCCAAGGAGCCUCAGUUACAGUCAGGAUGUCAAUAUUUACAAUAUUGAAGGUAAAAGAAAUCAAACAGAUCAUGUCCCAAUCAUUCCCUGUUCUGUGGGAUGUUGUUUCCAUAAAAACAUGUCUGAUAAAGUCGGUCUCUCUUUAAGCGGUUGCUAGGUAACCCAGCGUUCAAAA